AUGGAUGCCGCUAUCAAAGAUCAUAAAUGUGUUGCUACAAGCAAUGACAUUUAUGUUGAUACAAAAAGCUGGAAUUUAACGCACAAGCUAAUCUCUUCAUUUUUAAAUACAGCACGAGCAGGAUCAGCACAUAAGGAUGCUGAUAUGUCAGUGAAUUCCUUUUUUUUAGGUAUUGGCGCUUCAGCUGGUUACUUCUUGUUCCAACUGUUUGCAUUUUCGUUAUUGAGAAGAAUUGCGUCUAAUAUUUACCAAUCGAAUAGUGUUUUGAGAAGAUAUGAAAAUAAUUCCACUCUGGAUUUUUCCAAUAGAAAUCCAAGCAUCUGGGAAAGAUUCACAUCGAAAUAUGUCCCUAGAAUUUUCAAAGAGAGUAUAGAUAACUACGAAGCGAUAGUGGGCUUGGAUGGAUUUCUGUUUAUGAGAUUUCUUAAAAAGCUAAUUUUAUUGUUUUCCCUACUGAGUUUGGGGAUAGUACCUGUACUAAUUCCAUUGCAUUUAACAUCUAGUGAUAACAAUAAAAAUGAUCUCACAAGGGUCUUCAACUCUACACAACCACAAUCGAAUAGGAUAGAUAAGAUAAAUAUGUCUAAUAUUUCAAUGAAAAAAUCAGAUAGACUGGUAUGCCAUUUCAUCUUUGCUUUAAUCAUAAUCGUUGCAUUUCAAUUUUUUAUUGUGGCUGAACUUAAAUACGCAUAUGGUAAAAUAAACACAACAGUCAUAACUAAAAGCUACCAAAACAUAGUAUUUGUUGAUAACAUUCCUGCCGAAGUUUUAAAGGAUGACAGUAAAAUUAUGGAAUAUUUCAAUAAAAUACAACCUAACAGUGUAGUUGCGGCAGCAAGGCUCCCAAAUAAUAUUUUCGAAAUACGCAAAACUCAUAAGAAUAUUGAAAGGCAUGCCUACAUAAUCGAAAAAAUUAUUUCAAAAAUAAUACUUGAAAAAUUUUUCAAGGUAGGCCAUUUGUUAUUAAGCACAAAUGAUCCUUCAGUUGAAAUUCCACCAACAUCUUUAAUGGUGCUAUCGUACCAUCAACUUUGCCAGAAGAUUUUAUUCAACCUGCGCUCAUUUGACAAGUAUUUUUAUUGCGAACUUAAAUUUAAACUCCAAAAAAUAAAGCCGAGUAAAUACUUCGUUUACAUUCCACAGUUUAAAAGAAAAUCAGCCUUAGAAUAUCAAUACGAUUCACUAGACAGAGAAAUACACUAUUAUCAAAAAUAUUUGGACUUAUGGUUGACAUACUUCCCUAAGAAAAAUGAGCCAGAUUCGAGUACAAUACCUGGCAAUGAAAAAAUGCAGGAAUACUCGAACAAAGCUUUCCUUCUUUUUAACUCAGUAUCUCAAGCCAUGCAAUUUUAUCAGUUAUUACAAUCUUCAUCAGUUUGUCAAUGGAAUUAUCCAAUGAUAGGUGCUCACCCGAAGGAUAUAAUAUGGAUUAACAUAGUGGGCAGAAACCCAAUUACAAUUACACUGAGGAAGUUGGCAGGUCGUUUGAUAGGUGUGCUUGUGAUAUUAGGUUGGAUAGUACCUAUCGCAUUCAUAGGUUUAGUCACUCAAAUUCCAUAUUUGACAAAUCUCUUACCCUAUUCCAAUCAUUUUAAUGUAACUUCCAAGUGUCUGAGGGAUGUAACUAAAGCUGUCUUUCCCCUCGUAACAUUAAUUUUCCUCACUGAAUUUGUACCAUAUAUCUUUAGGGUUAUAAGUUAUCUUAAAGGUUGUAGAACUGGUGCGGAAAUAGAAAUGGAUAUUCAGAGAUGGUUUUUUAUGUUUUUGUUAGUCCAUAUAUUCUUUGUUGUCACAAUUUCAUCAGGCCUAUCACUUCUUCUAGAAAAGUUACUUAUAAGCCCUGUCAGCAUCCCGAACAUUUUGGCUCAUGAUUUGCCUAAAAGUUCCAACUUCUUCUGCUCUUUUAUUUUGUUAAGAGGUUUUGCCUAUUCUGGAGGAAACAUCAUACGUUUGAAAGAGCUAUUCUUCGAAAUAGUUUAUUAUAGACCAAGGAUGCCUACACCCCAUAAUAAGAUGCAAAGGCUUAAAAAGAAUCUUUUCUUUCAGUGGGGUAGUAUUUAUCCGCUUUUCACAGUUAUUGGAUGUAUUUGUAUUAUUUACAGCAUUAUUGCCCCAUUUAUACUACCUUUAGCAGUCCUAUCAUUGUCAUUGGUCUAUUAUUCAUUCAAGUACUUAUUCAUUUAUCAAUUCAAUUCUGAGAAUAUUUCAGAAACGCAUGGUAAACUAUACCCUGAAGCUCUAUCACAGCUUUAUGCUGGUAUUUACUGUAUGGAACUCUCCCUAAUCGGAUUGUUUGCUUUGUUCAACUGUUACAAACUCUCUACUUCAAUGGCCUUUAUGAGCAUUUUAACUGUAUUGAUACAUGCUGAAAUAUCAAAAAAAUUUAUUCGUAGGCUUCAUAAUUUACACUUGAACAGUUUACAUGAUUACACCUCAAGUGACUCAAUUUCACCAAGAGCGGAAUCUCUUGAAAGUUAUAUUUUUCCGCCGAUAACAAAUGAAAUAUGGGUGCCAACAGAUCAAAUGGGUAUCGCGGAGAAUGAAAGGCCUUAUUUACAAGCUAGUCUAUCACUAAAAUGCGAUUUUGAAAAAGCAUAUAUUACCAAAUUUGGGAAUAUUUGCAUCAACCCAGAUAUAUCAGAGUGA